AAGACUUCCUGGUUGGCUCCUCUACGUAUUUGUCCUGCCCGCGGAGCUCCCUGGACUGACAAAGAGGGAAAACGGCAACGUAGUUUUUUGGAGCGACUUAUUUCGAGCCUGUCCCAGCUUUUAACUUCCACUCGUACGAAAAGAAAGGGCGAAUCUCGUCGAAACCGAGGCGUUGCAACGGCUUAAAUGAUCUGAUCCGGUCAAACGUGAAUCGUGAGUAGCCGUGGAAGGGGUGUGAGAGCCGCCUUGCUCUGGAGGAGCCGCUUAUUUGUUACGGAUACGGAUUUAUAUGUUUGUACCAAGCCUUAAUAACCACGUGAAGAUUUCGCCCACUAACUUCCCGUCGACAAGCCAGUGCAGGGCGAGCAUGUGGUGGUCGGCGGUGAGAACGUUGUAGGAUGAAAAGCCCAGCCCACCGCACCAGGGACAUAGAGCGGCAAGCUGGCUACCUGAAGCCUGAGCAUUGUGCCCCUCCCCCGCCCCGCAUGGGCUCCGACACCAUGUGGUUCAUCCGCGAUGGCUGUGGCAUCGUGUGCGGCAUCAUCACCUGGAUCCUGGUCUUCUACGCUGAGUUCGUGGUGGUAUUCGUCAUGCUGCUGCCUUCUAAGAACGUGGCCUACAGUGUUAUCAACGGGGCGCUGUUCAAUAGCCUUGCCUUCCUCGCCCUCGCCUCUCAUGCCAGGGCCAUGUGCACAGACCCGGGAGCCGUGCCUAAAGGGAAUGCAACUAAAGAGUUCAUCGAGAGCCUGCAGCUCAAGCCAGGUCAGGUUGUCUACAAAUGUCCAAAGUGCUGCAGCAUCAAGCCUGACAGAGCCCACCACUGCAGUGUUUGUAAACGCUGCAUCAAGAAGAUGGAUCACCACUGCCCCUGGGUCAACAACUGUGUUGGAGAGAACAACCAGAAAUACUUUGUGCUCUUCACAAUGUACAUUGCACUCAUAUCCUUCCAUGCUCUCCUCAUGGUGGCCUUCCAUUUUGUGUACUGCUUUGAGGAAGACUGGUCGAAGUGCAGUAACUUCUCUCCUCCAGCGACAGUCAUCCUCCUCAUCCUCCUGUGCUUUGAAGGGCUGCUCUUCCUGAUCUUCACAUCUGUCAUGUUUGGGACUCAGGUCCAUUCCAUCUGCACAGAUGAGACAGGUAUCGAACAGCUGAAGAAGGAGGAGAGAAGAUGGGCCAAAAAGUCAAAAUGGAUGAACAUGAAGGUGGUGUUUGGGCAUCCUUUCUCUAUAGCUUGGCUGAGCCCCUUUGCCACACCUGACCAUGGAAAGGCAGACAUAUACCAGUACAUUGUCUGAAAAUCAAAAAACUUAAGCUGAGUCUGUUGGCCGACCUGCUGCUUUGGACGCAGACUGAUGAUGCGUACACAGGAUCAAUGGUUCCUGUAACCACAAGGCAGGAUUUCAUUGAACGUAAACCCCCCCUAAACCACUUCUACCUACUUUUUACUCAUUCAUGGAUUAUUUUUAAAUUGCGGGAGUUUUCUGUUGAGAGAUUUUGCUGUGUAAAAUUAUGCUUUUUUUUCCCAAUGUUACUUGCAUUUUGUUUAGUUUGUUUCUAUCUUGGUGCUGACUGGUGUUUGUUUCUAUCUUGGUGCUGACUGAUGUUAGUAAAGUAGACUGGUUUUACAUCUGCAAAAUAUUAAAACUAAAGCGACAUUUCAAAUUCAUCGAUGGAUGUCGUUGACAUGAAGCACUUAAUGAUGAUUGGUGAAACGAGACGAGAUGUUAUACUUCCUUUCUCAGACAGAGGAGAGUUAAUUUUAGCUUGAAAAACUAAACAAUGUGAAACCUGGAAGGAGUCCAGGUGAUGAGAUGAUGGCGUCCCUGGUCUUUGUCCCCCUACAAACAUUGCUGUGGUCCUGUCAAAUUUUUUUUCAUCUGCUGUAUUUGUGUUUUUGGGAUGGUCUCAUGCAGAACGCUGCAGACGACUUGCCUUAGUACAGUGCAUUUUUUGACAGUGGCGGCGGCUUUUCUGUAAAUUGAAAAUAUCUGUUGUUCUGCCUUAAUGUGACAGCCUUUGCAAGAAGCUUAGUCUGUCAGACUGAGGUUAAAUACUAUUUGAAAUGCUUUUGAUCAUAUCUUUUCAUCUAUCUAGGAGCCCAGUGGGUUGGAAUGUGUCAUAAAUCAAAGGAGCAUGGUUGAAAAACCAUUUGUUAAAGCCUCCCUGUGAACAACAAGCUUGGCUGACUUUAUCAGAAGGUUCCUUUAUCAUGAACCUUGCACAACGGGCACUCCAAGCAAGAUGGAACAAACGCUACACAUAACGUGUAAAUGGUAUUUAACCCUGGUUUGAUGUAAGUUUCUCUGACGGGGCCUCUAGUCGGGUCUCUCGCUGGGGCUGGUUUCGCUGUAAAGGUCAACACUGUAGGACACGGAGAAAAGAAUAACCUCACUGUUGGACAGGGUGGAAAGUCAAAUAACCGCAUGAGUCAAGGUACCUGAACAGUUCUUUCAGUCUAAUAGAACAGCAAGGUUGGAAAUAACAUCUUUCUUGAUACCAACUAAAUGCUGGUCAAUUUUACUUGUAUUUGGUGAAUUUGUUUAUUCUGCUACUUUGUUAUCUUGGCAGAAAAAUGCCCCGUCAAUGACAUCCUCAAUGACAUCGGGCGGCACGGUGGUGCAGUGGUUAGCACUGUCACCUCACAGCAAGAAGGUCCUGGGUUCGAACCCUGGGAUUGUCCAACCUUGGGGGUCAUCCCAGGUCAUCCUCUGUGUGGAGUUUGCAUGUUCUCCCCGUGUCUACGGUGGGUUUUCUCCGGGGGCUCCGGUUUCCCCCACCAUCAAAAAAGACAUGCAUGUUAGGGUUUGUACUCCUGUCUGUGCCCUUGACCAAUGCAAUGGAAGGACAGGCUGGAGUUGGUCCCCAGGUGCUGCACGGUGGCUGCCCACUGCUCCUAGCUACACAGCUAGGAUGAUUUAAAUGCAGAACAUAAUUUCCCCACGGGGAUCAAUAAAGUAUGUCAAAGUCAAAAAACAAAAUCCUAAGAAGCUGGGUAGUAAAAUAGUCAAGUCAGUUUUAUUUGUAUAGCCCAGUAUCACAAAUUUGCCUCAAUGGACUUUACAGCAACACACCAUCCUGCCCUGAAAUUGGCUUUCGAAUUUUGCAAUUCCCCAACUUUGGCUGGUGGAGGAGCAUGCUAGUCUCCUGUUGUAAUCGCAGGUGUGCUUAAUGGCUGCAUGUAAGACGGUGGCCAUGAAACCAGCGGAUCUCUGCAUGGUAGUCAUUCCCAUUACAGUCCACCAGCCCAUGAGGAAAGUUUAGGAAAUAAAAGGACACAGAUUGCUUCCUGAAUGCACUGGCCCAAAGUGUCAUUUUCCCAGACUUGGAGGAUUGCCCAUGGGUAAUGCAAUUAGCCAGAUUGUGGUUAUGUGUCUGAUGCAGGAGAAGUCUUAUGGGACCGAAACACUGAUCAUAUUCAGGCCAGUGCAUUUGAAGCCUGCAGGACUUAGUAAGGUGUGUUGGUUCUGAUCACCAGGGCAAGGAUAAGCCAGCGAGAGGGGAAAACACAGGAAAAGCCGAUGUGCAGAGAUUUUUACUUUGGAUGAUGAGUCAAUUGGCAUGGUUGGUGAAAAGGGCAAAUUACAUUUUCAGUCAUAUAGAAAAUGCCUCUGCCCAAAUAAAUUAAUGUGUAAGCCUUAUUGGAGAAAACACAGUUUUGAAGAUUGAUGAAGGUCUGUAACGUAUGCUUUGCUGAGGUUUCUGGUUAAUGGAAGGAAGAAUCUAUGGACUCGGUCACCCUUUUACAUGCUUAGACUGGUAAAUAAGAAGCGUAUUAUUUGAAAUCAGUUCUGGGGAAACUCUGGCCUUUUACAAUCACCCAUGUUUUUAAUACAGGAGAGAAACAGACCGUGAAUCCAAAUAGCAAUGGUUGCCAUUAAAUGUACACAUCAGCUUAUAUUUUUGUUUCUUCUCAUGACUUGCUUAUUCAGCCGCAUGUGGUCAGGUAUGAACGUCAGCAUGCUUGAGCCACACACAAUGUUGAUUUCAUUGUGGUCUAUAUGAUUUUAUGAAUUAUUAUAUCUGUUCAAAGGGGAAUGAAAUAAAAUUGUAUGAUUGUUAUGCUGCCUUG